CCCCUCACCAAGGCGCCCCUCACCAAGGUGCCCCUCACCAAGGAACUCAACAUCAAGGCUUAAACCAGCAGCAAAUGGCCGCAGUCCAAAUGCGCAGCUCUCACAUGCAAAUGAUGGGUCAACAGGGCAACUCGCAGAUGCAAAUGCAAAUGUCUCAAUCAGUUGCAAUGAGUGUUAGUGGUGGACCGGCUAUUGGAUACCAAAACAGCAACAGCAAUCCCAACUAUGGUAGUCCAAGCAAUCCUAGUGCCUAUGUAAACUCACCCAGCAAUCCCACCACCAACAAUCCUUCAUUCUGCAACUCACCAGGAAACCAACAGACAUUUAUUCAUAGUCCAGGGUAUGUGAAUAGUCCUGGUCAAGGUGUUCCGCCGAACUUUGUGAACAGUCCAGGCCAGCCUAACAACCAAGCAACAAGCAGUUCUCAAAAUCAAAGCAACAAUGACUUAAACUUUGACUUCUUAGAAGGAGAUGCUGACCUGUUUGGUUCCCUAGACUCGUCAGCUGGUUUCAAUCUGCAGGAUAUUUUACAAUAAAUGUUUUGCAUUUGGAGUAAAAUGCAGAGGUUUCAAGCUCUCUACUUGUCCUUGUCCGAAUCUUUAUGCGGACUGUUCUUUAGAUGUUGUGCUUUUAAAGUCUCCAUCAUAGGUAAAAUUUAAAUAUGAAGUGUGUUGUUUUGACGUUUGUUUUUAUCUUUCAAGUUUUAAGUGAAGAAUAUGUUUUGUUGUUCGUGAUCUGGUGUAUGUGUGUGUGUAUAUGUGUGAAUGUGAGAGUAUGUUCAAAUGAAAAAUGUAUGACUGUGACUUAAGUAUUAAGUGUAUGAAAGUGUAUAUUCAAAUUAUUAUUUAUCCAGAUGCCAUGUACAAGUUCUUUACGUCUUUCUGCCUCUUGUUAAAACAUAUCCUGUUCCCUAUUUUUUUAUUGCCACUUUUGUUUUUCUGAUCGUGAAGUAUUUUAGUUUGUUACUGUUGACAGUUUAGUGCCAGAUAUUCAUGAGCACUGUGCUCUCUAUGAUACCCCACCCAUUCACUGCUGGGUAGGGAGUCCACUGAGUGGGCGCCCUGCACAACAAGGCAGCUUGUGAUAUUGUGUAGAUGUUAAGCUUCUUUACCCCAUUUAGAUUAUGCACUUGUUUGUAUGAGCUCAAGACUUUAUUUUUUACCGUCUCACCUGUUGUCUCAACAUUUUAAAAUGAGGCCGAUGUCUUGUCUUAUUUUAUGGUUGGGGAGUCUUCUUACCUGAACCUACUCAGAACUAUCAACAAGAGUAUUAGUGUGAAGGCAAAGCAUGAUUUGCAGUCAAAAUUUUGGAUAUUUAUUUAUUGUACGAGUCAACUGAGCAGCAGUGUUUUUCCUGUUUUGGCAUAAAACUUGCCACUGAUGACUUCUCUCACCUGUCUUACCAAAAUAAGGUACUAUUGAGACUUUUAUUUAGGCAAAACCCAAAGGUUAACUUAAAGGGGAAGAAGAUUUUGAUUUUGUCUUUCAUUCUAGAAAACUUAUGGAAUCAAUUGUCUAGAUUCUUUAGUUUGUUUUCUGCCAGAGAAAUAAGAAUCUGUCCUUUUGCUUUGCACUUGUAAUUUUAAAAGAUUUCAUAUUAUUGUUGACUAUAUUUCUUUAUUUUAUUCUGCAUUUUAUAAAUUUUAAAAAUCAGUGACAUAGCCUUGAAGUUUUUGUAUUUCAGUUCUAGAGGUAAUGUCUUGUGAGAUGUGUGAGGAGACAUUUAAAUCCAGGGAAAGUACAUAGUAUGAAUGUCCUUGUUUAAAUGAAAAUGGAGAAAUAUCAGAAUCAUAAAUUUGUUACCAGCACUUCUGUGCUACUAGAUUUUUGAGAAUUAAAAAGUAGUAGUUAUAACCCAUUUGAGAGUGAAUGCUACAGCAUUCUUUAAUUUAAUUUUCUCCAAGUUAUCAUAUUUAUACUAAAUCUAUUUUUACCUCAUAGGUAAUUUUUCUACAGAUAAAAAGGAUCAGUAUUACAUCAUGAAAAUAAUUAUUUGUUGCUUUAAUGUUCAACUCCUUUUGCCAAUCAAAACUUUUUGAUUGUGUAGUUGCAAGGUGCUAUAUAAUCGAAAAGGGUUUCCAGUCUUCUCUGAAUAGAUUCAAAGUAGUCAAAUGGUAAAAUGCUUGUCCAUUUACUUGUACUUAUUUUGAAUCAGUUGAAACAGUCACACCCAAAGUUGUGUUCUUAGCAAGCUCUUUAAAAAGCAGAAUAUUUUAAAGAGAUUCCUGACAAUCACAAUUUUAAAGAGGGAUCAGCUCUUCUAAAUUUGACUUGCACAUUCCAAUAAGACUGGCAAAUACUUAUCAUUCCUCAUUCCAUUUCUGUUUACCCCAACCUGCAUUUUUGUUUGUUUUGUUACUAUUAGUUUUCGUAUUUUCUAACUAUAAUUUUUCUUUGAGUGGUACUAGGAAAGCUUGAACAAUGAGAACAACAAAAGAUACCGUGUGUCACCCCAAAUGAAUAAGUCUAUCUUUUUCUAUGCUUAAACCUGGUGUGACGAGAAAGAGAGGGAUUGUAUCGAGGAUUGUAUGGUAAUAGAGUCUUCAAAUGUGUGCUCUAUUGUAUUAUGAUCAUGUUAUCAAAAACCUAUUCUCCGUAUAGCCUUAAUUGAUCGGACUUGAAGGCCUUGUCCAUCAGAAUUGAUAUUUUUGUUUCAAAUUGUUUAUUUUGUUGAUUUGUUCCAAUCAUGUACAUAUUGAUAUCUGUUACUGCCAUAUCUGCUAACACAGUUCUACAUCUCAGUAGCAUGUAUUGAUGCCCCCUCCCCAACUUGUAAAUGCCAAAUUAGCUUGUAGGACUAGUUAGUAAUCCUUUUGAUCGACAUGUUCAUGUUCAGUUUAAUUACGACAAUGAAACAAAUUGUAUGUAUCUGGUGCCCUUUGCGAAGGAUGUGAGAUUUUAACAAAUAAGACAAGUUUAUUUUCAUCACGCUGCAGAGAGUGUGGAGAAGGUAAUUGUUUAAUUUGUUUUAAAUCUAAAGAUCUGUACAUUCAUUUCAUAGUCAUCUAUAUUUUUCCUCAUAUUUGGUCAUAGCCAAAACCUCCUUCCCCUAAAAGUUAUCAUAUGUUUAUGAUAUAAAAUAUACAAAUUAAAUAAUUAAGAAAGAUUUCUAAAA